UGAGUUUUAUGGUUAAAUUGCGUCGACAUUUACGACGUGCAUCUGGUGCUAUUUUUGCUUCAUCGAUCCUUUUGUUCGUCUUUUCACUUCUGUAUAUUUCACUCUCGCAAAGGCUAACAGUUAAUGAAAGGUUUCAACCACGCGGAACUCCCUACAAAAAUUUGGAGAAUUUAGAAGAAAGAAGAAAAAGUUUGGAAAGAGAAGAAUUUCUGCUUAAUGCAAGUUGGACACUGCCUUCUUCAAAAUCUCAAAUAGAAAAUGCUGAUGCUAUCUUCCAUAAAUUUUCGAUUGUGGAUCCAAAUAAAGCAUUAUAUUCAAUUCAGUUUCUAAACGAAAACCACGAAGUACUUAACGCUCAGCUUUUUGGCCCUUUAAAUUCUGCUACCAUUAAAUAUGUUGUUGUUGUACAGGUCCAUAAUCGAAUAGAUUACCUCAAAUAUUUAAUUGGAAGUUUAUCUAGAGCAAAAGGAAUAGAACAAACACUUUUGGUUUUUACGCAUGAUAUGAUAUCUGCACCUAUUAAUGCUAUUAUUCAGUCAAUUAAUUUUUGCAGGGUUUGGAUUUUUAUUUUGAGGGAAAUUUUAUUUUUGAGGACAUUUUGUCGAAUUUUUUCAGGGACGUUCUGCCAUUUUUUUCUGUUUUGGACAAAAUGUCCGAUUUUUCUUUUUUGUACAUUUGUCCAGUUUUUUUAUUUUGAAUGUCCAUUAACCAGGAUUUUUUUGCUGAAGGCGGGGGCAAGGGGGUUUGUUUUUGGACGUUUUAUUUUGAACGUAAUCCAAUUAUUCUUUCCAUAUACUUUCCAACUUUUCCCAAAUGUCUUCCCAGGCGAAAGUCCAGAAGAUUGUUCAUCAACUACAAAUAAAGAAAAAGCUAAGGGAACUAAUUGUUUGGGUGAAGAAUUUUCUGAUGUUGGUGGACAUUAUAGAAAUCCAAAAUUAACACAAAUAAAACAUCAUUGGUGGUGGAAGAUGAAUUUUCUCUUUGAUUCUGUUUUGCCAGCAUAUGGUCUAGAAGAAAAAUUGCUUAUUUUAUUGGAAGAAGAUCAUUUGGUAGCACCUGAUUUUAUUUAUGUUUUGAAUUUAAUGGAAAAGAAAAGAGCAAAAGUUUUCCCUGAUUGUGAACUUUUAUGUCUUGGAACAUACCCAAAAUCAUUUAAUACAUAUGGAAAUAAUUUGGAUAAAUUGGGAGCCGAAUUUUGGUUUAGCAGUAAAUUUAAUAUGGGGUUAAUAUUUGGAAAGAAUUUAUGGGAGAAAAUUAGAAGCGAAAAUUGUUCAAAUUUUUUCUGUAAUUAUGAUGAUUAUAAUUGGGAUUGGACAUUAAUGCAAUUAAGUGUAAAAUGUCUUCCAAGUAAAUUACGGGUAAUUUAUGCUGAAGCUCCACGUGUAAUACAUAUUGGUGAUUGUGGUGUACAUACACAUAAUUGUGAAGUUGAUAAAGCUGUUAAUGUUGCUUUAAAUCUUUUUCUUCAACACAAUUCUUCAUUUUUCCCUGCUCAAUUAACUUUAAAUCAAGUUGGAAAAAGAAUGUUAAAACCUUCAAAACCAAAUGGAGGUUGGAGUGAUCCAAGAGAUAGGCGUUUAUGUGAAUUAAAUACACAUCCAACAAAGGUGCCUUCAACAGAAAAAUUGGCAAAAGUACGAAAAAUAUUUGAAAAAGAGGAGGAGGAGGAGGAAGAAGAGAAGAAUGAGGAAGAGGUAAAAGAAGAAGAAAAGGAAGAAGAAAAAAAUAAAAAUGAAGAAAAGGAAGAAAAACAACGUAAAAAGGAGGAAGAGUCUUCUAAAGAGUAG